AUGGCGGGUAUGUGGGAGGGCGGGCAGGGGCAGGGGCGAGAGCUUCUGAGUCUGAAUCUGGAUCCGAAUAUGGGAGACCUGUGCGGAAAGGCAGACUACCCGGUUUUGUGUCGAUCUGUGGUGAAGGGUGUGAGUAAGCCAUCUGUAGCCUUAGAAUCCGCGAUCAGGCAGUUGAUGUUGCAAACAAAAAUGGCGAGGACUACAGCCAAGAGGCUGAGGAAGUCACCGGGCGUGGAGGUAUGCUCCGAGACUUACCAAGACGCCUUCCGCAACCUCAAGACUUGCCUUUCAACCCUCAAAACCGGAGACAAACCUACCCUCAACAUCAACCUCUCUGCAGCUUUGACCGGCUACGUCACCUGCGACGAUGCCGUGGUCGAGAGAGGCGGCACUUCUCCCGUAACCCGAACAAACCUUACACUCCGCCAAAUGGCCACCAACUGUUUGUACUUGUCUAGUUUGAUUGGCGUUGGCUGA